AUCUCUAAAUGACCAAUACACAGCUGUGUAAAUGUUUCACUGUAUCACUUAGGGAAUCACUUCAAGAAGAAGUAUACAUACAAUAUUCAGUACAGAUACAACUUUGUCCGGCUAUUUUCAACAUGCAAUUGGAUGAAUCCACAGAAGCAGAACCUGCAGAUGCCGGGGACAUACUGCACAUGGAGACAUGAGAUACAGUUCCUGGAAUCCAUAGUAGUCUGCUGAGUGUGUGAAGGAAGCAAUGAGUUCGGCUUUACCUGUAGAGACCAGGUUCCUGAAGUUUUCAAGCAUCACAUCUCUGUACAGACUUCUCUCAACAGAAUCCAAAAAGACCCAUUCUUCUGGACUAAACACCAUAGCCACAUCCGCAAAAGUGACUGGUUCCUAAAAUACACACUCAUCCUGGCUCAGCCAGUGAAUCUACACCCCAACAAAAUGAAAGAGUAUGGGUGUUGGCAGGCCUAGAGAAGGCCCACACAAUGAGGGUUUUCAGAGUCGGCUUUGUGCUCUUUGGAAUCUAGCCUUGAGCCAAAGCAUAGUAAUUUUGGCCGGGGAUUUAGCUCAGCAGUUCGGUGGCCUGCCUUGCAAGCUCAAGGACCCGAGUUCAAUCCCCGGUACCAAAAAAAAAAAAAAAAACACAAAAAAACAAAGCAUACCAAUUUUAUCUCUCAGAGGCUGAGUAUACCUCAGAGGCAGAGCACAUACCUAUCAUAAACUAAGCCAGUGGUGGCAAACCUGUCUCAGUGGGCUGUUUAUCACUAAAGCUCUAAAAGGUUCACCAUCACUGCACUAGGUCCUAGGUUUACUGAUAAAGAAUCAGAAAGGUUCUCCUUCAACUCACUACUCCCAAAAUAAGAGCUUCUAAAAUAAGAGCUUCAUGCCAAAAGACCUUUACUUCACGAAAGGACUUACCUACCUACAACUAGCUAACAAGUCCUUGCUGGUACGUCCCACCUAGCUGUAGGGACCAGCAAACCUGAGCAUGAUGCAUAGGAGAAAUAUCUGUUAAGUGAGUUCUGUCUAGGGAGACGAUGAAGCCCAGGAAGCAAGGACAGCUCACAUCCUUGCUCUGUCUUCCCUCCUGGCCCUCAGCAGCUUGAAGAGGGCCUGAAUGAGAGGGCAGGAUUGUUGCUUAGGCUGCAUGAGGUCCAGCUCCUGGUAGUCUGGAGAUCAGCCCUGUGUGUAGGACCAGGCAGGUCAUGUAAAGAGGCAAGCCCAACCUCUGGCACAGCUGCUCUUUGGGGUCUAAAAGGAUCACUUAUUUACCUGGGACCAGGUAGUUGGCAACCCACGAGCCCUGGCUUCUUCCUUUAUGGCAUCCACUUGGAGCCAGGCAGGGUCCCGAGAAGGCAGAGCUGGGGGAGAAGAAAUGAGGCAUGACGGUCAGUUCCUGGCCGAGUGACCACAUGGAACACACAUGCACACUCACAGGGACACACACAUGCACACAGAAACAGGUGCACAUGCUCUUGUACACACAUGCAUGUGCACACACACCUGCAUGCACAUAAACAUGUAGAUAUAUACAGACAUGUACAUGGUCUUACACCCACAUGGCAUGCCACACCUUCCAUUCUAAAUCCAGGAGCCACAAUCUCAACUCACUAGCAGAUGCUGAAGGUCCCAUGUUGGAAGGACAUAAAUUUUGGAGGAGCCAUAUUAUGAAUUGAACUGUGCCCCCGCCUUCAAUAAGAAAUUCUAAUCCUCAGUACUUCAGAACGCUACAUUAUUUGGAAAUAGGGUUGCUGCCAAUGUAACUAGAUAUGAUGAAGUCAUCAUGGGGCAGGGUGGCCUUUAAUGCACUGACUGUGCCCUUAUAAGAAAAAGAGAAGAGCCCUUUUGCAGCCAUGACUGGAGCUACAAUGGCCAAAAUGAAGUUCAAUCCUUUUGUGACUUCCAACCGAAGCAAGAACUGUAACAGACAUUUCAGUGCACCUUCCCACAUUCGCGGGAAGAUUAUAUCUUCCCCUCUUUCCAAAGAGCUGAGACAGAAAUACAAUGUUCAAUCUAUGCCCAUCCAAAAGGAUGAUGAGGUUCAGGUUGUGCGAGGACACCAUAGAGGUCAGCACAUUGGCAGAGUAGUCCAGGUUCACAGGAAGGACUGCGUCACCUACACUGAACGGGUGCAGCGGGAAAGGCAAAUGGCACAGCUGGGAAUGUGGGCAUUCCCAGGUCAUCCCCAGGCUAAAACCGGAAAAGACCACAGAAAGAGCUUGGAACCGAAAGCCAAAUAUCACCAAGUAGGAAAGGAAAAAGGCAAAUAUAAGGAAGAAACAAUUGAGAAAAUGCAGGAAUAAAGUCCUCUUGUAUACAACUUUAAUUAAAAUUGCUAAAAGGAAAAGAGAAAAGAAAGAAGUGUCACAGAGACCGACACUGAGGGAGUUGGCCCUAGACCAUGCAGGUAGAUGGGAGAAAUGUCAAGGAAUGCCACGCUCUGCCUGCCAGCUCCAGAAGUCAGAAAGAGGCAAGAAAGGAGCCUCUCCUAGAGGAACCAUGACCCUGCCAACACCUUGGUCUUAGACAGACGAAGGAGAUGGGGCAGGGGAUGGAAUAUAAAUAAAUGAGUGAGAAUGAACUGUUUUAUUCCCAAAGCCUUUUCUUCCCACCAUACCCUCCACGUCAGUAAGUGGCAUCCAUCCCUACCUCUGAUCACCCCUCCGAUACUCAGUAGACCCCAACAAAUAAUACAAAAAAAAAUCAAACUCUGGGAUGUCAGCUCUACAUGAAAUAGCCUCCCAAAUCCCCUUUAUCCCACCUGGUCCCUGCUGUGGCUAAUACCUAUUCAUCUUUUUUGGGGGGGGAUCCAAUUAAAUGUCAUUUUUGGGAUCCACUUAACUGCCCCUCCUUGAGGUCCCCUCCUCCACAGAAAGUGCCCAACCCUUCUCUUUUCUAACAGGAACCUGUCCUUUCUAAUUCGUAACCAGAUGUGGCUCAGUAAGUGUUUCUUUUCCAUCCCCCUCAGUGGGUUGCAUGCUUUAUAAGAACCAGCCCAUAGGAGAAGUGGGAAGGAUAGGGGAAAGGAAGUAAGGGAUGAGAAAAGGAAAAAAUGGAAACAAAG